GCCGCGCUCUUACAUCACUUCAGUAAUUGGCUCAAGGCUUCUAUAUAUAAGCAUCUGUGAAGCGGACACCAGGAAGUGGACUGAUGACUAAGCACAUGAUAUAAUACAACAUAACACAACACAACACACAAUGCACCUUUUGUGUUUGUGAUUUCUGAGCAAAGGCCUUUGGGGUGGAAAUGAUCACAAUUAAAUUUCAUCGAAUCAUUUUGCUCCUAUUCGAACAUUUGUCUUUGCAUGCCCGCACGUGUGUGUUCUGUCCACAUCCUUCUGUCAAUGCUGCUGGUCGAGGCAGAAGGCCGCGUCACACGCGGGUCUUGGUUCACAUUUUACUGUAUACUUUCUAAUAUGACAAUUUAAAACGGUUCCCAUAUGUCUUCAAAAUAUGUAUUUUCCAUUCUUUCUUCCCGAGGAUAAAAAAAAGCUACAGCACACUUGACAGAAUUAAUUAAGAUUCCUGGAACUUGAUCCCUUAUUCCCUCAAAUAGUGAUCGAUUGUUUCCCCAGCUACAAAGAGUAGAUGGGGUUUUGGAGUGGUGUGAGGAUUUGAUUGAAAAUACGUUUGUACAAAUGCAUUUUUAUGACUGAGGUAUGCAGCAUACAUUACACUUCAUAUCCAGCGAAAACCAUAUGGCAACACAUAAAAGAUGAAAUCUGAUUGAACAGGAUCUGACACACUGUUUGGGUAUCACUGGAUUAAAGGACCCCUGUUGAACGAAUGCUUCACUGUGGUCGACACCCCCGAAUACUCAGUGGCAAUAUGGUACAUAUUCAUAACUUCAUGUGCUGAUGUUCAAUUUGAAUGUUAUUUUUGCAAUAGAGUAAAACUCCUCCUUUGUGUUACUGUCAAUAUUUAAAUUGACGGGUUUCCAAUUACCCGUCAUGUCUUGUGACGGCCACGAUCUUGUGUGUUGUGUGUCGCAAGAUAAAUUGUCUCAAUAUGUGGCCUAUUAUGGAUACGUUUCCAAUGACGCCAUCUUGUGUGACAUAGAGUUCAGAGAACACAGGCAAUAGGUGAAGCGUGAAGGGUUUUUUUUUUCUAUCGUUAAUUUAUCCGAUUGGUUUAAGAGUUAUGACGUUGUAGAAAAAGGGAAUCUGGGACUGUGGUGAUGUCAUUGGAAACCUAUCCACACACAAUAACAUAAGGACUUUAUUGGUUUACCGUUAGUAAAUGUUUUUUUGUUUUUUACUUUGUACUCAUUUGAAACUCAUUUUACGUACCUAUUACUCUCUCCAUUUGUCUGAACGUCUAGUUACUAUGAUGAGUGUCAGGUGUGUGCCAUUAUCAGAAGUAAUUUGUUAAUCUGGAGGGCGGGGCUUCACUUGAAAUCCACGCCCCUUUCACAUCCGAGCCACGCCUCGACCCCGCCUCCCUCCUAAUGUCCAGCCAGGCUUCCUCUGGACUCGUUCAACUUUUCCCCGGCGCGGAUGCUCCGUCGCUUCUCGGCGUCCCAGCGACAACAGAAGCCGGCAUGUCGUUUCUGGACCAGCCCUGGUGUCCCACCAGCGUCCAGGUGACCGUGCUCCAAGCCCGUGGCCUGAGGGCGAAGGGCAAAGGCGGCACCAACGACGCCUACGCGCUCAUGCAAGUGGGCAAAGACAAGUACCAGACUUCGGUGGUGGAGAAGAGCGUGGCGCCUGUUUGGAAGGAGGAAGCCGCCUUCGAGCUGCCGCAGCCCGGCGCGGGAGGGGAGCGAGGCACGCUGCGCGUUCACGUCCUGCACCGAGCCCUGGUGGGUCCGGACAAGCUGCUGGGUCAGGCCGUCGUCGACCUUUCUCUGCUCAGUCAGGACAAGAGCCGCAACAAGACCGAGUGGUUCAAGUUACUGGACAAGAGCGGCAAGGCAGACAAAGACCGAGGUGAGGUGCUGGUGGACAUCCAUUUCAUGAGGAACAACAUGACAGCCAGCAUGUUUGACCUUUCCGACGUCGGCAAGCCUCGAACCCGCCUGGGCAAGCUCAAGGACAAAGUUCGGGGAAAGAAAAAAGAACCAGAUGUGGCGGAGCCAUCAUUUAUGCAGGUUCUCACGGACAGUGAGGAAGAAGAGGGGAAGGAUGGCAAGGCAGCUGCAGGCAAAGAGGAUAAGAAGAAACCUAAAAUUAAGUCUUUGUUUUCUCCAAAGUCCAACCUGCAAAGGAACUUAUCACAGUCCAUGUCCGUUCUGCCAGCCAAGAACUCCUCACUGAGCGGGAGCCUGUCUUCUGGUCUCAAUCUAGAUUCCUCUGAAGGUAAGAAGAAGUUCAAGUUCAUGAAACACAAACGAUCUGGCAGCUCUGAGAGCAAGGAGUCAUAUUUUCUGAAACGUAAUUCUAUGGAGAAGAGCAACCUGUGCAUUAAUGGGAGUCAUGUUUACUGUGAGGAACCUCUGCCUCGCACUGCACGCAUCGGCUCCAACUUCAGUCUGGCCAGCUCGGGACACGGAUCUAUGGAGGAUGUUCCGGAAAGUUCCUCGCCGCCAGUUGACUCACUCCCAUCGAUAAGGCAGUACACACCCUGGGAGGAGGAGGAGGAAGAAGAGGAGAAGGAGGCAGAAAGAAUCGAGGGUUUGUAUACCAAGGAGGAGAUGCAGUGGAAAAGGGGGCUUGAUGGGUUCGUUGAGGAUGGUGGGAGGAUUAAGGAGCAGAAAAGGACACAAGAGGAAGAAGAGAGGAAAAGGAAUGAAGAGAAGAUCCAAAAGGAGAAAGAGGAGAGGAUUAAGAGAGAAGCAAGAAGGCAAGAACUGCUAAGAUUAACAAUGGAAGAAAGGAUACAGGAGGAAGAAGAGAGUAUCAGAAGACAGGAGGAGGAGGAACGUUUAGCAGAGAAAACCAGAAAGGAGGAGGAGAGGAUGAGGAAACAAGAGGAGGAGGAGCAAGUGAGAAGACAAGAGCAGGAACGUUUAGCUGAGGAACUGCAGAGACUUGAAGACAAGAGAAGGAAUGAAGAGAAAACUAGACAGGUUGAACAGGAGAAGAGGAGAAAACAAGAAGAGGAGAAAGUAAGAAGACAAGAGCAAGAACGAUUAGCUGAGGAACAGCGGCAAAUUGAUGAGAAGAGAAGGAAUGAAAAGAGAGCUCAACAGGUCAAAGAGGAGAAAAGGAGAAAAGAGGAAGAGGAGCAAGUGAGAAGACAAGAGCAAGAACGAUUAGCUGAGGAACAGCAGAGACUUGACGAGAAGAGACGGAAUGAAGAGAAAGCCAGACAGUUAGAAGAGGAGAAGAGAAGAAAAGAGCACGAAAAAUUAGCUGCGGAACAGCAAAAACUUGAUGAGAUAAGAAGGAAUGAAGAGGAACAAGUUAGAAGACAAGAGCAGGACUGGUUAGCUGAGGAACAGUGGAGAAUUAAUGAGAGGAGAAGGAAUGAAGAGAGAGCUAGAAUGGUCCAAGAGGAGCUGAAGAUAAAAGAGGAAGAGGAGCAAAUGAGAAGGCAAGAGCAGGAAAAAUUAGCUGCGGAACAGCAAAAACUUGAUGAGAUAAGAAGGAAUGAAGAAAAAGCUAGACAGGUCGAAGAGGAGCAAGUUAGAAGACAAGACCAGGACUGGUUAGCCGAGGAACGGUGGAGAAUUAAUGAAGAGAGAGCUAGAAUGGUCCAAGAGGAGCUGAAGAUAAAAGAGGAAGAGGAGCAAAUGAGAAGGCAAGAGCAGGAAAAAUUAGCUGCGGAACAGCAAAAACUUGAUGAGAUAAGAAGGAAUGAAGAAAAAGCUAGACAGGUCGAAGAGGAGCAAGUUAGAAGACAAGACCAGGACUGGUUAGCCGAGGAACAGCGGAGAAUUAAUGAAGAGAGAGCUAGAAUGGUCCAAGAGGAGCUGAAGAUAAAAGAGGAAGAGGAGCAAAUGAGAAGGCAAGAGCAGGAAAAAUUAGCUGCGGAACAGCAAAAACUUGAUGCGAUAAGAAGAAAUGAAGAAAAAGCUAGACAGGUCGAAGAGGAGCAAGUUAGAAGACAAGACCAGGACUGGUUAGCCGAGGAACGGCGGAGAAUUAAUGAAGAGAGAGCUAGAAUGGUCCAAGAGGAGCUGAAGAUAAAAGAGGAAGAGGAGCAAAUGAGAAGGCAAGAGCAGGAAAAAUUAGCUGCGGAACAGCAAAAACUUGAUGCGAUAAGAAGAAAUGAAGAAAAAGCUAGACAGGUUGAAGAGGAACAGAGAAAAAAAGAGGAAGAGGAGCAAGUGAGUAGGGAAGCCCAGGAACAAUUGGCUGCGGAACAGCAAAAACUCAAUGAGAUCAGUAGGAACGAAGAGAAAGCAAGAAAGAUCGAAGAGGAGCAGAGAAGAAAGGAGGAAGAGGAGCAAGUGAGAAAACGAGACCAGGAACGAUUAGCUGAGGAACAGCAGAGAAUUGAUGAGAAGAAAAGGAAUGAAGAGAGAAGUAGAAUGCUCCAAGAGGAGCAAGUGAGACGACAAGAACAGGAACGAUUAGCUGCGGAACAGCAAAAACUUGAGAUAACAAGGAAUGAAGGCAAAGCUAGACAGGUUGAAGAGAAAAGGAGAAAGGAGGAAGAGGAGCAAGUGAGAAGACGAGAGCAAGAACGAUUAGCUGAGGAACAGCGGAGACUUGACGAGAAGAGGAGGAAUGAGGAGAAAGCUAGACUGGUCAAAGAGGAAGAGGAACAAGUUAGAAGACAAAAGCAGGAACAAUUGGCAGAUGAACAGCAGAGACUGGAGGAAGAGGAGAGAACUAGGAAGGAGGAGGAGAGAAGACAAGAGGAGCAGUUUGCAGAAGAGAAGAGGAGACUGGAGGAAGAGGAAAGAAAGAUGGAUGAGAGAGCUCCAGAAGCAAAAGGGAAUGAGGAAGAGUUCGAGGAGCAACGGAGGAGAGAAAAGGAAGAAGAGGAAAAACUUUCUGAAGAGGAACACCGAAAGAUUGAAGAUGGAAAGAGGAAAGAGCAAAAGAAGUUGGAAGAAAAGCAACGGGAGGAGCAAGCGCUGAGGAUGAGAGCUAAGGAAAAGGAGAGGCUAGAAGGGAGACUGAAGGAUGAGGAAGAGGACAAGAGAGAUGAACCAUGUCAGAAAGAUGAAAAGAAGGAAGCAAAUAGUGAAAAAGCUGUUGUUGGGAAUACACAAGUUAAUUCCAUGAAUCCAUUUAUUGAAGAUUUGUCAAGUCACCCUUUUGAGGAUCCCAUUCCCAACUCACCCUCUGGGUCAAAGGACAGCACGUCACAUCGAGCAAUCUUGAAAAGUUGGCAACCGCCUGAGCCCUCGGUGGGAAGCGCUGGCGUUCCCGCCGAUGAAAAGGGCCCUUCGGUUAGUCAGCGUGAGAAGCGACCAGCUCCUCAGCCUCCAGGAAGGACCCAAACGGAUGGGUGCGAUAAACCUCUCCAUCUGGCGCCGAUUACCAAGCAGACUAAAGGGGAGGUGGUGAAAACUGCCAGUAUUUCGCCUCAGCCUUCAGUACAGACCAUCGCUCCUCAGAGCAGAUCGCCCAGUGACGCACAAAAGGGUGGCGGAUCCAAACACACAAAACGACCCGCACCAUCAAUACCUAGCUCUGAAUCCAAGACCGCCCCAGUUGUUUGCAGCUUGAAUCCAUUUGAAGGCGAUGAUGAUGAGAACGAGCUUCCUGCACAAGAUGACGCAUCCUCCAAUAAUCACACUUCAGUCUUGUGGCCCCCACCCGUGUCAAAAACUCCCGAACCAGAUGCCACGUCUCAAAGCAAACUCAAGUCUUCUAAGGUUGCACGUGCACCUGCCCCUCCUGCUAAGACCGCUGCCGCUACAUCGAGCACACUGAAUACGCACAGCACUGCUCCUGCUCGUACUUUACCUGGCGGUGACACUAAAAUACAAACACCCAAGGCCGAUCAGGCUUUGCCACACGAGGAGACCGGACCAAAAAGGGGCGAGAAUGGGAUGGCGCAGGAUGCAGGUGGAAAGAAGGAAGCGCCUCCACCGCCUCUGCGAAGACUUCAGCCUGUGAAACCCCUCAGUACUCAGGAACUGUAUCCUGUCACGGGGAUCCAAGUAGAAAAAGAAAAGUCGGUGGGAAUUGUUGGUAAAGUUGAGGAGAACGCAAAGGUAAAAGUCAGUCAAGAGAAGGGGCCAUACUCGAUGCUCACCCGAGAGGAACUCAUCUCUUUGGUGGUAAAGCAGGAGAAGCAGCUCCAGAACAAGGACAAAAAGAUAGCAGAGCUGGAGCAGUAUAUUGAUAACCUACUUGUGCGGGUCAUGGAGGAACAACCGAGCAUCCUUAUGUCUAUGAAAAAAGUUCUCUAGCUGGAUUUGGCAUCUUUCUGCACCUCAAAGAUCAUUUCUACAGAUCAUUUUUCUCAAUAUUAGACAUGACUAUUUUUGCUACAGUUGAACAGUGCAAUUAUUUUCCCAACCUUGAAUUGGAUUAAAUGUUGCCACUUGAGUACUAUUAUAUUAUAGCAGAAGGAAAAAAAAAUAUGAAUGUCCUUUGUCCUCUUUUUUUUUUUUUUUUUUUAAACUUUUUGCCAGUUCAAACUAUGCAUUUGUUACAUAAACUUGUCUACUCGCACUGAUUAACUGUUUACAUGAUCAAAAAAGCACUUUAUUCACCAUAUAUUCGAAUUUCCACACUGAUUUCAAUGUACUGUUGUAAAGCGUUAACAUAUCUCAAACUAAACUAAAAUGCCAAAUUUAAGUGUGCUGUUUUUCCCUGUUUUAAUACUCUUGUGUGUGCAAAAUGUUUUGUUUUUCAAGCUGUAAAAUUUAAUGUGCCCUUUUUGUUUGUAUUCAUUGUACAAUUACAUUGAAUCAGGACGAUUUUCCAUUCCCAGGAUUGUUACGAGAAUAAAGUCUGAUCUUUAUA